AUGAUGACCGUGGACGGCAAGCAGCACUUGAGCCUGCACGACGGCAUGCGAAGAGUUUGCGCGCAGGAGCCUCAGCUCCAGGCCAAUAUAUUGGGGGGCGGCGUGGAGGAGAGCCUGCUGGCUCGGGCGGAGGCUCUGCAGGCGGCGGCUGACGGCAUCCUCGUCUCCCAGGCAAGGAGAGACGCCAGCUUCCAUACCAUGAGCGUCGCGCCCUCCUGCGCCGCAUCUUCCUCCUCUUCUUCCACCAUCUCGUCCAUCAUUGCCUCACACCAUCACCAGAACUUCCAGAGCCACCAGUUGGGACCGAGCCUGGAAGCCGGGGACCUUCUGGAGCACCUCUCCAGUAGCCUAGGCGUGAGCGGGAUGGGCGCGCCUGAGCCGGGCUUGGGUCACCCCCACCAUCACCACCAUCACCACUUACAAAGCAUGGGGCAGCUGCAUCAAGCCAUGGCCGUCAUGGGCCACCCUCACAACGAGGUGGAGUCGGACCCGCGCGAGCUGGAAGCCUUCGCCGAGCGUUUCAAGCAAAGGCGCAUCAAACUGGGCGUGACCCAGGCCGACGUGGGCUCGGCUCUGGCCGACCUCAAGAUCCCCGGCGUGGGUUCCCUUAGCCAGAGCACCAUCUGCAGGUUCGAGUCGCUCACCUUGUCGCACAACAACAUGAUCGCCCUCAAGCCGGUGCUGCACGCUUGGCUGGAGGAAGCAGAGGCGGCGCACCGGGACAGGAGCGCCGCGCCAGAGCCGUUAGGAGGAGGGCUCUGUGGGGGGGCGGAGGACGCUAGGCGCCGCCGCCGCACUUCCAUCGCCGCCCCUGAGAAGCGCUCCCUGGAGGCCUACUUCGCCAUCCAGCCCAGGCCGUCCUCGGAGAAGAUCGCGGCCAUCGCCGAGAAGCUGGACCUGAAAAAGAACGUAGUGCGAGUUUGGUUCUGCAACCAGAGGCAGAAGCAGAAGCGCAUGAAGUACUCGGCCGUGCACUGA